GACCAGGCAGGUUUACAAAACUGGCAGCUCUCGGGUUCGCGCAGAGUCAGCUGUUUGUGGGGACCCUGUGCUGGACCGUGUUAAUCAUUCAGCAGUCAGCUUAGUAUUGAUUGAUUCGGGAUGUUGGUGCCGGAUUUUCUGCAGGACUGAGCCGCUUCAUUUGUUUACAGUGCGGCUGCUAAUUCUGUGAAAGGAAGCAAAGAAAAAAAACCAUAUCACAAGGCGUAGGUCACCUUUAGCUUCAGGAAAUUGCAGCAGGAUGUCUUUUAAGCUUGGGACCACUGCUCUGAUGGUGGCUUCAUACUGUAAUAAUAAGGAUUGUGUUCGAGAACUGAUCCUGCAAGGAGCAGACAUUAAUCUCCAAAGAGAGUCAGGUUCCACAGCAUUAUACUUUGCUGCUCAACAAGGAAACGAUACCAUUGUGAAAUUUCUUUUGGAGUAUGGGGCCUCCACUGAACUGGCAACUAAAGACGGUGCUACUCCACUUUUGAUUGCCAGUCAGUAUGGACAUAUCAAAGUGGUGGAUAUAUUACUCAACAGAAGAUGCAAUGUUAACGUCCAGCUUAAGGAUGGUGCUACAUCACUUUUCCUGGCAGCACAAGGCGGCCAUCUAAAUGUGGUUAAGAUGCUACUUGCGUCAGGAGCAAAGAUUGACCAACCAAGACAGGAUCUAACGACUCCAUUGUGGAUAGCAGCACAGAUGGGAUACAGUGAAGUUGUGAAGCUGUUGCUCCAGUGGGGAGCUCAUUCAGAUACUGCUCGUAAGGAUGGCUCAACACCUUUAUUCAAAGCUGCAUACAAGGGUUUUAUUGAAGUUGUUCGAGAGUUACUAACAUGUUCUCCUUCAUUGGGAAUUCUUAAGAAUGGAACAACAGCUCUUCAUGCUGCAGUUUUAGGAGGCAGUGUCAGAACAGUGGGCCUUCUCGUUGAUUCUGGAGCAGAUCCAAACCUAAGAAAUACGGCAGAGGAAUUGCCAGCAGAUCUUACAAGGAAUGAUCGCCUAAUCCAACAGCUUCAACCAAGACAAAGAAGUGGAGAAAGCUGAAGAUGUGGAACCAAACUAGACUCAAGGCCCAUUCUGACAAACCCAUCAGAGUACAGUGAGAACUGUAUAAUGGCACCACUCUGACCAGGGUCACAAUUCUUCCGGUUAUUCCAUAAAAAUUAUUGAGCUAUAUAAA